GGACCGGCCAUGCAGCUCACGGGGGCAGCGCUGGUGCUGUGCGCCGCGGCGGCGGCGGGCAUGGCGGUGGCACCGGCACCGGCACCUGGACCGGCACCGGCACCGGUACCGGCACCGGGACGAGCCGGGAGCGAGCGGCGGGCGGCGGCGGGCGGCAAGGAGCGGCGGGCGCAGUUCGCCUCCUGGGACGAGGUGAACGUGAUCGCCCACGGGCUGCUGCAGCUCGGCCACGGCCUGAAGGAGCAUGUGGACAGGACCAAGGGGCAGAUGCGGGAGCUCGGCAGCCGCCUGAGCGCCCACAACAGCUCCAUGGGGCGGCUGCUGCGCCAAGCCCGGGAGACGCAGGAGCAGGGCGAGCUGCUGCGGGCCAGCGUGCGGGAGCUGGAGGGCCGCGGGCGGCAGCUCUUCAACCUCUCCGAGGCGCUGCGGCAGCGCCUGGAGGAGGUGGCGGCCGACAAAGCCGAGAUCCAGGGCCGGCUGGAGCAGCUGGAGAGCCGCGUCCGGCAGGCGCUGCAGGCGCGGCCGGCCGAGAACCAGAGCGCCAAGGACCUGGGAGCGCUGCAGACCCUGAUGGAUGCCCAGAACUCCCGAAUCGAGGAGCUCUUGCAGAAGAUCAAGCAGCAGCAGUACAAGCUGGACAAGCAGAAUCUGCAGAUUAAAAGCCUGCAGAGCAAGGUCAACCUACUGAUCCCCUUACACCUGAAGGACAACAAAACGCAGUCUCCGAAGUGGAAGAUAAACCUGAAGAAAAGCCUCAGCCACACCAACCAAAGCCAGAACGCGAGCGUGGAGUCUGUGCUGACGCAGAAGCUCCCAGAGGACUGCCAGCAGCUCUUCCUGGCCGGGCAGCAAAGCAGCGGCAUCUUCCAGGUGCAGCCCUCGGGGUCUCAGCCCUUCAAAGUCUACUGCGACAUGACUGCAGAAGGUGGCUGGACAGUGAUCCAGAGGCGUACAGAUGGCUCUGUAGACUUUGACCAGCUUUGGGAUGCCUACAAGAAUGGCUUUGGAGACCUUCGUGGUGACUUCUGGCUGGGUCUGGAGAAGAUCCAUCACCUUGUCCAGGAGGGAAGGUACAACCUCCUGAUCGAGCUGGAGGACUGGGAGGGAAAUUCCCAGGCAGUUCAGUUUGAGUUCAGCCUUGGUGGAGAGAGCACAGCCUACACUCUCAACCUGCUGGGACCUCUGUCUGGAGAACUGGAAAACGCCAUUGGGGACUUCAGGCAGCUACCCUUCUCCACUCGGGAUCGUGACCACGACCUCAAAGCUGACACAAACUGUGCCAAGCACCUCUCAGGUGGCUGGUGGUUCAGCACCUGUGGCCAUGCCAACCUCAACGGGAAGUAUUUCCGCUCCAUCCCUCGCCAGAGGCACGAGCGCAAGCAGGGCAUCUUCUGGAAGACAUGGAAAGGCAGGUACUACCCUCUGAAGUCCACCAGCAUGAAAAUCCAACCCACAGCACUGGAAGCAGAGCCCUGAAGCUGGCAUUUCAGACUUGAUCUUCUCCAUGGAGCACAGAUGUGAGCUCCAUCACUUGGUGUUUACAGAAAAUCCACCCACCCUCCCCAGGAAGCCCCCAAGGACCGUUUCUCUUCGCUAGCAGCCCUUUAGCGGGCAGGGGCUGUGGCACGGCGCAGCUCCUCACUGCAAGUAGAACAGCUCCGUGUCGCCGAAGCCCCUGGAUGGGAGCUCCCAAAGCAGGAGGAGAGCUGCCGGCAGGGAGGUCAACCUCCAGAGCAUGCCCGGGGGUCUUCCAGUCUGCCUCGUGCUGCUGCAGUGGGUUCAAGUCAUCUGGUGCUUUCUGUCCUGCCUCAACACUUCCAUGCUGGUUUUGAUGAGCUGGGGUAAAAGGGAGCCACAGGAAGGGUUUUGCUACCCUGCCCCAAGCCGUUGGGUACUGAGCCUUGCCACAUCCCACCUCUCACCGUUGUUCCCAAACCAGUUGUACGCACCCCCUGUGAGUUUCCCCCUAUUUCCCCCCUGGCCCCGUGGGGCAGGAGCCUCUGACAGCUUGAUCUUGCUUCUGCCAUGCAGCCCUGCUCCCGUGACUUCAACCCGCUGGGAAUACGGGUGUCACUGGGAGGAUGCAGGGCUCCUUUUGGAGAAGGGGACUUUGGGCUCCCUCGCCUCCCCUGGCCCCAAAGCUUUGAAGUCACCGCGAUUUCUGGCUGUGCUGGCAUUUGCUGGGAGCUGCAGAAAACACUCACAGCUCCAGGAAAGGAGCUCUUGCCUUUGGGAUGGGUGUCAGGAGAGAGGGGCGAAACAGGUCCCCAAAAACUGUUACGGGCCACGCUGCCGUCUUGGGACUUCCCAAGCAUCCUGCCCUAUUGAAGUCAUAUUGACUACUGUGCUAGAGCUCCUAGCUGCUAAAUAUUGUACAUAGUCAUUUGUAGGAUGUUGGAUCUUUUUGAUGAAUUUCCUGUUUUAAUUUUGUUUCUGUAUUUAAAUGCAGUGUUAAAAACAAUGUGGUGUAAUUUAUAAAUGUUGGCGCUGGAAAACAACAACUGUAGUUUGUGUAUUUUAAACUUUUUUUUUUGUACUAAAAUAUCUUUUCUGAAGAUGUCUUUUAAUAAAAACAAGCCUGUAACUGUC